AAUCAGACGUAGCUAUGUGGUUCUUAAUCCUGUGUUUUGUGACACAUCUGAUGGCAAAAUUCUUUCAAUUACUUUGCUAAUGACAUUGAAAAUAAUCCUGCUAAUUUCAAGAUUCACAUGGAGAACAUGUGAAUACGAGUGGAAAGAGAUUUGAAUCAGGUGUCAGGUUUUUCUUUUUGUCCUUGUUCUGCUAAGUACUAAUGGUGAAACUCUGGGCAAGUCCCUGAACAGUCUGCAUUUCAGUUCUCACAUUGUCACCAUCACACCUGAAAUACUGCAGGUAGCAUUAUGCAGAAUGAGAGUUGCAGGUCUGACACAUGCAGUGACCAUAGGAAGUUUGUCAUUUGUGUGUCUUGGGCAAUCCUCCAGCUUUUAGGGAAAACAAACAGUGUUCCCCAAUCUUUGCAUUUGCUGAGUCUUCCCCUUCUCAGCCCCACCUCUCCUAUUUCUCUUAAUUUAUGUUGUUCUUCCUCCAUGUUCUUCUGACAGAUGACUUUCAAAAUUAAGAGUCAUUGCUGUGGACUCAAUCCGUCAGAGAGGAGCUCAUGUGAUGCCACCAGUCACCACUGCAGUAUAGCUCUACUUCCUUCCUGGUGUUUUCAUUAUUAGAACACAGUGUUCGGCACAUGCUGUGGUUGAGGUGCAACCAUAUGAAAAUCGCCGUUCACCCUAAUUCCUAGCCACUGUUGCAGAAGUUGCGGAGUCAUCUUAUUAGGUGUCUUAAUGGCUUCUGUUUGAUGUAUGAUAAUUUUGGAGUCCAUCGACAUCUGUGGGGAUGUGAAUCUUUGAGUAAAGUCAAAGCAUAAAGGGAAGUAGAUCUAGAGAGAGACAGUAAGAGGCUCUGGGGAACUGUGUUAACCAAGCCGCUUGCAUGCUGAGGGGUGAGGGACCUAGUGUCCCCUAAGUAAUCUUGCCUUUGUCCUUGGCUCUGGAGAAAUAACCCUUGGAGUAAUUGGGGCGCCUUCAUCUGGGACUUGCAGGCCACACCUGAGGCUUUGUGCUGGCGAGUAGGGGCUGGCCAAACCAGAAAAGACUCACCUGGGAGGCUGAUGUUAGCCAUCCUCAGGAGGCAUGAUCAACUUAUCAUGCAGGACUGGCCAGUAAAAGCCUGGAACGCUAAGGCUCAGAGAGCUUCCUGGUUGGUGAAGAGAGGAUAAGCCCUCCAGAUCUCCAGCUGGCCAUGUGGUGAAUUCAAGUCCCCAGCAGCCACCAGAGAACACCUCCUCUGUUUUGAAUGGGGUCACACCAGCCCCGAGCCUGGAAAAAUGGAGUCGCAGUCUACAGGCCUGCAGGAGACUUCCGUGGACCCCUGGGAAAGGAUCAGGGAUGACUCUGUCGACGUCGAUGGUUCGCCCUGCCUCUCGGACUCUGACCACUCCCCUUCCCCCGUAGACAUCCGGUUCUCGAGGCCCAAAGUCACCUGGAUUAACCCCCAGGAUGUGCAGCCACCGUUGCAGGAUUUGCGCCCCCCGGUGGCAACCACGGGGAAGAGCGGGAGCCACUUUGUAGCUGACGCUGCUUCUUCAUUGGGCCCUUCGCCGUCAUCCCUUGAGAACUCCCCGACAGAGACACCAUUGUUGGAGGACGCUCUGCAGCACCCCCUGGGCGGUUGCUUUGCCUGUGGCUCCUGUGAAAAGAGUAGAGACUUGUCUUUGAGCUCAACGAAAGAGCGGGCUGUGCUCCCAGGAAGUUCUCUUCAGGGGUCUGUGUUCACUAACUCUGAGAUUUUGGCCACUUCCCCGUGUCCUGAGGCAGAUGGUGCGUUCAUCGCGCCUUUCCACCCAACAGCUUCCACUGAUGACGGUGCUGUGCAAGUCAACAGAAGAACCAUUUCUUUGAAUUCCUUCUUACCAGAGGCAUUUUUGUUCCCCAUCGAUGUAGAAAAGGAAAAUGCCCACUUUUAUGUUGCAGAUAUGAUGAUAUCAGCAAUGGAGAAAAUGAAGUGUAACAUCCUGAGCCAGCAGCAGGCAGAGAACUGGAGUGUAGACAAAGUCAGCGGGUCACUGGGAAAUGAUCCGGCUGACCCAGAAGUGACCUUUUAUGCCAGCGUAAAGCAAGAAUCUGUAUCUUCCACUCGUUCAGACAGUGGCUAUGAAGUUUGUGCUGGGUUAAAGGUCAGCCCAGUGGUUGAAACACCUACUGACUAUGAUCUGGUGAAGGAGUCCAGCAAAUGUGACUUUGAUGAAUUUGUCAUUUUAGAACUUGAAGAACUUAAUGAUAUCACAGAAACCUGUGGAUGUUCCUGCAGCUCCUCCAAGAGUGGCAUUUGUGAGCCAGACUUUAAUUCUGCUGAACUAAUAGCCAAAGAGUUGUACCAAGUUUUCGAGAAGUGCUGGUUAUUGUCAGAAGUUAAUUAUCAGCCAGUAAGUUCCUUGAAUGCAGCUGGCUCCAUAGUCGUAAAUGAAGAGCAUGUCCGAAAACAGUUUGAAUCUGGUGUGGAUGUAGUACAAGAAAUUAAAUUUAAGUCUAGGAUCAGAGGGACUGACGACUGGGCCCCGCCUCGAUUUCAGAUCAUAUUUAACGUCCAUCCACCACCCAAGAGGGACCUCGUGGUAGCAGCGCAGAAUUUUUUCUGUGCUGGCUGUGGAACUCCAGUACAACCUAAGUUUCUGAAGCGGCUCCGCUACUGCGAGUACUUGGGGAAGUACUUCUGCGACUGCUGCCACUCAUACGCGGAGUCCUGCAUCCCAGCACGCAUCCUCAUGAUGUGGGACUUCCGGAGGUACUAUGUCAGCAAUUUCUCCAAAAGGCUGCUGGACAGCAUAUGGCACCAGCCCAUUUUCAAUUUGCUGACCAUCAGCCAGAGCCUCUAUUCAAAAGCCAAGGAACUGGACAGAGUGAGGGAAAUGCAGGAGCAGCUUUUUCAUAUCAAGAAGUUGUUGCGGACCUGCAGGUUUGCCAGAAGCACAUUAAAGGAGUUUGAGCAGGUGCCGAGACACUUGACUGAAGAGCACCACCUGUUCUCCCUGGACGACCUGGUCAGGAUCAAGAGAAGGCUGCUGGCGCCCCUGCUGAAGGAGCUUCUGAAAGCUUCCCUUACACACGUGGCCAACUGUGAGCUCUGUCAAGGAAGGGGCUUCAUUUGUGAAUUUUGCCGGAGCACGGCUGUCAUCUUCCCCUUUCAGACUGAAACGUGUAGAAGAUGUUCAGUGUGCAGAGCCUGCUUUCACAAGCAGUGCUUCCAGUCUUCCGAGUGCCCGCGGUGCGCAAGGAUCUCAGCGAGGAGAAGACACGUGCAAAGUUUGCCCUCCCCAGAGACGUGAUACCCCGAAUGUGGUGGAAAAGACUAUUCAUACACCUUAUGACAGCUUCAAUUUGUGUCUGUUAUUGAUAACAUUGUUUAAGAUCUCAGGCCUUCCUUGUAUAUUUAGAAAAAAGAAAGCUGGUCGAUUUUCUCUUUAUUGUAUAUUUUUGAUGCUUUAAAAGAAUGGAGAUUCUUUGUUGUUUACUGGUGGUUUUGUUUACAAAUGUUCAUCGUUUUGCUGCUAUUGGUUGUGUUUUCAGAGUUUUUUGAUACUUCUUAAAUUGUAUUUGAACAGCUGUAUUUAGCUAAUGUUAGAGCCUAUAUUUGAUGGAUUG